AUGUACAAAUUGCAUGAUUUAGUUCUUGAUUUGGCCAUUACUAUAUCAAAAGAAAGUAAAUGUGCAUUUAGUGUAGAGGAAGCCUUCAAGAAAGGUACAACUAGGGUUUUAAUGGUCAAAAAUAGCAUAGGCAACGGUGAUGUACACGUAAUGGCAAGUAACAGGGCAUAUUCUGCAUCACGUCUUCGCACUUCUUCUUUCUCUCAAAAUAAAAGCAUUCAAAAUAUUCCAGCAACCCUGCUUAGAGGUGCUAGAGUACUGCGCAUUCUUGACUUGAGUCGUACUAGCAUCUCAUCAUUGCCUGCUUGUGUUGAAAAUUUGAAGCUCCUUAGAUUUUUAAAUUUAAGUGAGACAAACAUUACUAAAGUCCCAAAAUGUGUAAGAAGUAAUAAGAGUCUUCGCUUUCUUGACCUUUCCAACUGCUCUGGUCUAGAAAGGUUGCCUAAUUGGAGUGGUGAACUGAAUUGUCUAGAACAUCUGGAACAUCUGGAUAUAGGAGGUUUCAGGGGAUUCAUGCCCAAGGAAAUAUCAAAACUUGUAUCUUUAUGGGUACUGAGGACAUAUGAAUUGGGACCAAAUAUCUACAAACUAUCAGCUGAAGACAAUGAAUUCUUAAAGCUAGAACAUUUUGGCAAUUUGGUCAACCUCCGUGAAGUGAGAAUAGAUAUUGAUCAUGAGGCUGAAUUGAAAAUUUUAGAUGAUGGGAUCCUUGCCAACUUGGUGAAGAUGCGUAUCCUAACAAUAGAGAACAAUGUUGAAUGUGAUAAUCCUCCACCUCUAUCAGAGAAGAUGAUAGCUAUGAAGGAUCUUGAAUUCAUUUACUUACGUAACUUUGCAAUGCCAAAUUGGAUAUAUGUCUUCUCAAAUAUGAUGAAAUUGUGUUUAUUUGAAAUCCAUUCUGCUGAAUAUCCAGCACUACAAAUGAUGCCCAACUUAAGAAGUUUGGAAUUGCUGCAAAAUAAAAAUUGCAAGGCAUUGCCAGGAGGGUUCUGGAAGCCCGGGGGAUUCCCCCAGCUGUGUUUUUUUCAUAUUUCAAUGUUUGACCAGUUAGAAGAGUUGUCAGAAAAAGAAGAAGGAGCAAUGCCACGCCUUCAGAGACUACAUGUACGUUUCUGUGCCAGUCUAAACAGAGUUCCAGUUGGAUUGGAGCUCCUAAAAAGUUUGAAAGCUUGCAGCUUUGGAGCAACUGAAGUGGAUCAUUUGUUCAAAGAAGGUGGGGAAUUAUGGAAUAAAAUGAAAGCCAGUAAUCCCAAUUUCAUUUAUGAAGAAUUUUUAAGUAAGGUUCUGGAGGUUGGGAUAGUAAAAUAUAGAAUAAAUGUAUUUUAA